CAUUUACAUACUUAUCAACUUAAUUUUAGCUCCCAUGGCUUUCAAUUCUGCUCUUCUACUCUUGCUCCUGGCUUUGUCUCUUUCAGGGCUUCACCUCUCUACUUCCCAAGUCCUCCAAGGCAAACUGUCAUGCCUCGAUUGCUCUGCUGAUUAUGAUUUCUCAGGCAUCAAGGUGUUGGUGAAGUGUGCUAAUGUGAAGAAACUAGGCCAAGGAACAACAACAAAAGAAGGGAGUUUUGAAGUUGAGCUACCUUCAACAAGUACUCAUGAAACUCCAUCGAAUUGCCUAGCUAAGCUUAUUGGUGGUACGACCCAACUCUACUCCACAACUAAGAAGAUGGUGUCAAAGAUUGUGAAAUCCCACGACUCAAAUUCAUACACAAUCUCCACUCCUCUUGCUUUCUACACUGUUAGAACCAAUCUGAAAGGCAUUGGUGAAUCCAAGACAGUUGAUCUGCCUCUUCCAAAGGAGUGGGGAUUGGCACCUUCCAGCUAUUACGUUCCCUUUUUCCCGAUAAUCGGUAUCCCGUGAUUUCUGGCUAGUGUGAGUAGAAUUAUGUAAGAUCAUCUAGCUAUAUAUAAUUAUUUUGUUUUAAUGUUUCUUUCUGUCUAAACGGUACGUUGUUGCAUUUAAGCUUUUCAAAUACUAUGUUUGUUUCUAUGUGAUUUGUAUUAAUUAAGGUUUGUAACAUUUGGAAAUCGCUUAAUGAUGCAUAUGUAAGAAAUUACCAUAUUUUUCUC